AAAAUUAAAUAAUUAUAUAGGACCACAAUUCUUCUCACAUCGACAGUGUAAAAAAUGGUGGGGUCGUUUAUCAAAAAUGUCGAAUCUUUCAGCAAGAACAGGACGAGACCAUCAACGUUAUGACAACAACUUCCGUCUUGUUUCUGGAUGUAUUCCAUAUAGGCUGGUGAAAGAUGAAGAGGAGGACUCAACAAGUGUUGACUUUGAAACCAAGCUUCAAGUUCUUAUGAUUUCAUCUCCCAAUCGACACGAUCUUGUCUUCCCAAAGGGAGGAUGGGAAGAUGAUGAAACUGUUCUUGAAGCUGCUUCUCGUGAAGCUAUGGAAGAAGCAGGAGUUAAAGGAAUACUAAGAGAAGAUCCAUUAGGGGUUUGGGAAUUUAGAAGCAAGAGUAGCAGUUUGGAAGCUGAUUGCUGCUUAGGUGGUGGAUGCAAAGGUUAUAUGUUUGCGUUAGAGGUGAAGGAAGAACUUGCGAUAUGGCCAGAGCAAGAUAACCGCGAGAGAAGAUGGCUGAAUGUAAAAGAAGCUUUGGAACUUUGUCGGUAUGAGUGGAUGCAGAGUGCUCUUGAAGAGUUUCUAAGAGUAAUGGCAGAAGAAGGAAGCACAAAGGAAGACUCGCUUGCCCUUUCCAGCAUUUCAAAUCGAGGAGAGCGUCAAAUUGAUCCUCGGUACUGCUUUGUAGUCUAACUAGUUUGGUUUCUCUAGGCAUAUCAAACUUGUCAAUUGUUAUAUAUUCAUCUUGAAAGACUUCUUCUGUAAACAAAGUUGAGAAGCAAAUGAUUUCAGACCUUGUGACUUGGUUUCUCAAAAUCAAAAAGAUAAUUCAGA